AUGAGAUGGGUGGUCCAGAGGAGAUGUAAUAGCAGUGACAACAAGAGCCUGGAUAGGAAGAUUCUGGAUGAGAAGAAACUUCCGUCGUCGGAGAUUGGGAAAGAGCCAGCUUCGACUGAUGUACCACACCACCACCACUCGAACAAGAGUCUGUACGACCGUCUACCGCACCUACAUCGCCCUACAAAGGAGGAACUCCUGUCUGCUGCGACAGGCUUCUGGCAUCGCUUACAGAUCCGCUUCAAAUGGUUCUCCAUCCGUAGCGUACGACCCUUCAACCUCGAGGAGAUCUUCGCUUUCGCGAGUUGGAUCUUCUGGGGCCAUGUUCUAUGGUUUGUCAUUGGAACUACGACGUUCAUCAGUCUGGUCAUCCUGGCCGCCAAUACCGUUUUGGCGCAAGAGACGCUUGCUGGAUGGGUUGGCAAUUACUUGACGAGAAGUACUGGGCUCAAAGUCAUAUUCGAGAGUGCGAUUGUGCCCAGAUGGGGCGAUGGAGUGAUCCGCUUGAACAAGGUCUUUGUGAGUCGACGGCCUGCUACGAAUAAGAAGGAGAGAUCCGUCUCCAAGGGAUCUUCGACGACUGCGGCUGCGGCGGCUGAAGCGCAUGCGCUUGCCGAGAAAGAGAAGCAGCAAUCUGGACAAUUCCUCAUGGAUUCGAGCGCGGAGCAGGAGGAUGAUGGCAACUAUACCCAGUUCGACGUUACCAUUGAGAAUGUGGAAGUCACACUGUCUUUCACCAAAUGGUUCAAUGGCAAGGGUCUCUUGAGGGAUGUCGCCAUCCGCGGAGUUCGUGGUGUGCUGGAUCGAACCUCUGUUCAACCACGCGACGAGAGCAUCGAUCCCAAAAGCUACCGACACGAACAUAACACGGGAGAUUUUGAAAUGGAUAGCUUCAAGAUGGAGGAUGUCCUCUUGACUGUCUACCAACCGAAUAACUUCCGGCCAUUCCAGGUCAGCGUUUACAACUGUGAAUUGCCCAGGCUACGGAAGCAAUGGCUCUUCUAUGAUUUCCUGUGUGCAAACACAGCACAUGGCAGCUUCGACAACUCAUUGUUCACGAUCCAUCAUAGACAGGUGCAUGGUACGACGGGAGUUGCGCUCGUCGACGGCCACGAAGAGGAAGCCUCGCAGUGGAAGAAGCACAGUCGAUUACGGAUCGAUGAUCUGAAGAUCGACCAUCUCAACCGAGGCGUUGAGGGUCCUUUCUCCUGGAUACACGAGGGGAACGUCGACAUCGUAGCAGAUAUCAUGAUUCCGAAUGACGCGGAUGGUAGUAUCGCGAAGGUGAUGAGCGACUUCUACGAUCGCAUGGAGGCUACUGUUAUAAGUCAGGCACACGUUGUACGCCAUCAGACCAGCGGGGAUAUUAUUAACAACGACCAGCAGUCGCUAUCUGAUACACAUGAACAACAGCAGCAGCAGCAGCAGCACCAAAUCCAACCGCAAGGACCAUCCCGAGAAGAAGACACCCGCUUCCUGGUCUUCGACAUACAAAUCCACCUGAACGACGUCCGGGCCUCCGUCCCACUCUUCACCAAGGACCUAUCCUACGUGAACAAUGCCGUCGUCCGUCCGAUAGUAGCCUACAUCAAUUCUCACGCGCACGGAAACAAAAACUACAUUCCCAUCAGCUGUCGCAUCGUCAAGCGACUCGGUGAAUUCGAUGGCUCAUGGACGGUCUUCGAUUCCGGCUUGUUGGACGAUCUCUCGAGGGAGACGUACGACGCCUUCGUGAGGGAUAUCAUGGAUCGCAAAUCACGGCAGAGGAGGAUGAAGAAGGUGGGACUCUGGGCUGCCAGUGUCGCUGCUCAGGCGCUUUUUAUUGGGUUGGCGGGUCAGCUUGCCUGA